UGUGUGUGUGUGUGUGUGUGUGUGUGUGUGUGUGUGUGUGUGUGUGCAGCAUGCGGGACGGUGGGCCAGGCUGACCUGGUGUGUGUGUGUGUGUGUGUGUGUGUGUGUGUGUGUGUGUGUGUGUGUGCAGCAUGCGGGACGGUGGGCCAGGCUGACCUGGUGUUCCUGGUGGACGAGUCGUGGGGCGUGGGCCAGAGCGGCUUCAGCAGCAUCCAGGCCUUCAUCGCCUCCGUCCUCGCCUCCUUCAGGGACAGCCCGGUGGGGCCCGACGGCGUCCGCUUCGGGGUCACCAUCUACGGGGACGUGGCCAGGAUGCCCAUCGCUCUGACCGACCACGGCUCAUUGGACGAGGUGCUGAGAGCCCUCAGAGACCUCCCCUAUAAGGGCGGAGCCAGCAGGACUGGUGACGCCCUCAACUUCCUGGUCAACUACGUCUUCAGCCCCGAGAUCGCCAGGGACAACACCCCAGGGUGAGAUGGCCCUAUUGCCGUUUUAAUCACAAACGACCGUUCUGACGACCCUGUGGAGGACGCUGCCAGAGCGGUCAGCGACCACGGGCAUCUCUCUCUACGCCACUGGGUGACUCUCACUGCCGUGGGUGUCCGGGCAGCCGACCAAUCCCAGCUGAGGAGGAUCGUGACGGAGCCGUGGGAGGAGCACCUCCUGAUGGCUGCAGACUUCUCCUCCCUGGAGGCCCUGCUGCCCAAGCUGAGCCGCCGGCUCUGUGUCACCGCGUCGGAACCGCCCCGGCCGCUGCGCAGCGCCCCCGCUGAGGAGCAGCGGGUGGUGGGUCCCAGGGACCUCCAUGUCAGUGAGCUGGCCUACAGCUCCCUGAGGCUGACGUGGAGCUCUGCCACCGGGGAUGUGACCGGCUACCGCCUGCUGGUCACUCCCGUCACCCCCAAGGGCCUGCAGGACCCCUCCCAGCAGAGACAGAUCGACCUGAAGGGCGACGUUACCACGGUGAUGGUGACCGAGCUGGGUCCUCAGAAGGACUACGCCCUGACUCUGUACGCCGUCUACCCUAACCUGCCCGGAGACAGCGCAGAGGUCACCGUGCAGACACCUGCUCUCCCCCAGGUGUUAAACUUCCGUGUGAUCGACGAGGGUCUGUUCUCCCUGCGGACCGCCUGGACGCCCCCUGGGAAGCUCAGCGGCUUCAAGAUCUUCAUCCCCAGGACCAACCGACCGGGCCUGACCUAUGAGAGCCUUCUCCCUGGCGACGCCUCCACCCAUGUGAUUGACAGCUUGGAAGAAGAUAAAAAGUACACCGUCACUAUCUAUGCUGUGUACCCCGAGGGCCCCAGCGAACCAGUCUCCAUAGUGGGCCAAACGCUGAAACUGGUUUCCGUGGAGCAGCUGCUGGUCCAGAACGCCACGACGGACACGCUGCAGGCUCGGUGGUCGGCGGUGAAGGGGGCCACCGGGUACCGGCUCACCUGGGUGUCCGCAGAUGGCGACAUAGAGAACAUCAACCUGGCAGAGAGCUACAGGUUCUACAUGAUCCAGGGGCUCCGGACGGGGUCAGAGUACAUCGUCACCAUCAACCCCAUCUUCGUGGACAUAGAGGGCCCGGUCACCAGCAGCAAGGCCAAGACACUGGAGAGUGGUGCGGUCCAGUCCCUGAAGGUGGCAGCAGUGAACACCAACAGUGCUGUGGUGUCAUGGAACAGAGUCCCCGGGGCCACGGGCUACAGACUGGCCUGGGGGCCCACACAUGAGUUCACGGGUCGGGACCGGCCCCGGCAGCUGGCGCUGAACAGCAGCACCACCGAGUACCACCUGAGGAACGUGGUGUACGACACAGAGUACGUCCUGUCCCUCUACGUGCUGUUCGGCACCGUGGUGGGACCUGGCAUCACUGCCACCUUCCGCACCUCCCCCCUCGGAUACGUGUCCAACUUCGAGGUGGUCUCCUACACCAGCACCUCCAUCGACGUGGAGUGGAGUCCCAUCGUGGGCGCCACUGAGUAUAAAGUCACCUGGAAGACAGAUGAUGGUACCAGCCCCCAGUCCCGGUACCUGGAGAAGAGUGUCCUGUUUCAGCGCGUUGAAGGCCUGAGGCCCGGGACGGCCUACACAGUCAGCAUCCACGCCGUCUACGGCAACACGGAGGGGCCAGAGAUAUCCCUGUCCCAAUUCACAGCCGCGCUCUCGGGGUCGGAGCUGAUCCAGACCGUGAGGGAGGUGAAGGUGGUGGACAUCGAGGUCAACUCCAUCAGCCUGUCCUGGAGGGCCACCCACGGGGUGACGGGCUACAAGGUCUCCUGGAGCCACUUCCAGGGGGGCGGUGUGAAGUCCCAGCUUGUGCCAGCCCCUGCCACCACCUUCACCAUCCCCGACCUGCAGGGCAGCUCGGCCUAUAAGAUCCAGGUGUCCUCCAUGUUGGGCAGCAGGGAGGGGAGCCCGGCACUGGUCACCGCUCGCACACUGGACCUGCCCAAGGUGAACGGCUUCACAGCGCUCAACACCACGGACAGCGGCACGCUGCUCAGCUGGGCCAGCGUGGCCGGGGCCUCGGGGUACCUGCUGUCAUGGAGGCACAUCUCAGAGCUGGACACCAAGACGGAGACCCUGGGCCUGGCCACCUCCUACAAGGUGCUGGACCUUCUGUACGGCCGGACCUACAUCUUCACCAUCAGACCUCUGUACGGGGAGGUGGAGGGCCCCGUCACCACCGUCUACCAGAGGAUACUGGCUCCGGAACCUCCCCUGGUACCAGUCCGGCCAGUAGCUCCUCCCCUGGUACCAGUCCGGCCAGUAGCUCCUCCCCUGGUUCCAGUCCGGCCAGUAGCUCCUCCCCUGGUACCAGUCCGGCCAGUAGCUCCUCCCCUGGUACCAGUCCAGCCAGUAGCUCCACCCUCAUCUCGCCUCGACCCCGCCUCCCCUCCCGUGGCCGUCGCCGUACCCACGGGGGAUCGAGGAACCCCCAAGAGCAGCCCCACCCCCGCCAGGACCCUGACCAGCGUGGUUACCAUGGCAGCCGUCACUCCCACCAGCCCCCCCCCAGUGCCCAAAGCAGAGACAACGCCCCCUGCUGGGCCAGCGUGCGGUAAGGUCAAAGCCGACAUUGUGUUCUUGGUGGAUGAGUCGUCCAGCAUCAGCGCAAACAACUUUGACAAAAUCAAGGACUUUCUCUUCAGAGCAGCCACGUACUUCCCUAUCAUUGGUCCUCAGGGCACUCAGUUUGCCUUAGUUCCCUUCAGCAACGAGCCGCGGAUAGAAUUCCGUCUGAACGCCUUCAAGGACCGAAACUCUCUGCUCAGAGCCAUCCGAGCACUGCGCUAUGGUGGAGGGAACACCAGAACAGGGCAGAGCAUGGGCUUCGUGCUGGAGGACGUGUUCCAGGAGGCCCAGGGGAUGAGGCAGGACGUGGCCCACGUCAUGGUGCUGAUCACGGACGGCCGGGCCCAGGACGACGUGCUGCCCCCCUCCAGGAUGGCACGCGCUCUGGGCGUCAGUAUUCUGGCGGUGGGGGUGGCUAACGCAGACCUGGAGGAGCUGAAGCUGAUCGCCGCCCCCACCAGCUACAAGAACAUCUUCUUCUCCCCCACCUUUGAGGACUUUCCCUCGGUGGAGCGGGAGUUCAUCCACAGCCUGUGCAGCGAGGCGCUGCUGUCUGAGUACCAGCUGGCGGACCAGUCCUCCCAGCUAGACCCUCCCACUGGGGACGCCGAGGAGCUGAAGGAACCAGAGGGACCUUCAUGUCUGUCCAAGUGUAUGAAGGGACAGAAAGGUGAAAAGGGAACUGGCUCUGGUCUUGGAGGAUUGAGAUUUCAACAAACCCCUGGAAGGCCAGAUCCCUUUGCUCCAUCCAAAGGGGACAGAGGGGAGAAGGGGCCUUCCGGAACAGAUGGUAUUCCUGGGUUGCCGGGGAGACCGGGAAGGUCUGGACCUCCCGGUUCUGCCGGCCAGCGGGGUGGCCAAGGUGUUCCCGGGGACAUGGGCCCUCCUGGAAACACAGGGUCCAAGGGCCAGAGGGGAGAGAGGGGCGACCCGGGAUACGUGAUCGGGGGCACGGAGGCCGGCUACGUCCCGGGACGGAAAGGAGAACCCGGUUCCUCUGGCCCCCAGGGGCCUGCGGGGGUGCCGGGGGUGUCUGGAGCGCCAGGCCGGCCGGGACAGGAGGGCCUCGCUGGGCCCCCGGGGACAUCCAUCAAGGGUGACACAGGAGAGCCUGGGGCUAAAGGUCUGCGGGGGAAGACGGGGCAGAAGGGAGACCCGGGAGAUCAGGGAAGAGAUGGAACGGCGGGACUGCCCGGUCCGAUCGGGAUAGACGGAGUGCCUGGGUCCCCCGGGGACGAGGGACAAAAGGGUGAACAAGGAAUAGGAAUCCAAGGAGUACAAGGCCCGCGUGGAUUAGCUGGAGAAAAGGGUAACAUCGGAUUCUCAGGACCAAUGGGACCCAAGGGGGCCACCGGCGACCAGGGCAUCCAAGGAGUCACCGGUCUUCGGGGGAAAAAGGGGUUCAAAGGAGAGCAGGGUGAAAAGGGGGACGGAGGCGAGAGGGGCCUGGUCGGUCCUCAGGGGCCUCUCGGGCAGAAAGGAGACCACGGACACAAAGGAGACGAGGGGCUCCGGGGGUCACCUGGGGACCCCGCUAAGGGGAUACUCGGUCCGACGGGGAAGAAAGGAGCCAGGGGGGACGUGGGCCCGGUAGGCCCACUCGGCCAGCAGGGGGUCAAAGGACUGCAGGGGAUCAAGGGAGAAAAGGGCAGUCCCGGUUUCGGCGUUCCAGGACUGCAGGGACCCAAGGGAGAGAAUGGGGAAAGAGGAAAUGUUGGUCUAUCGGGGAAGCCAGGGCAAAAGGGGCAAGAUGCCUCAAAGGGUGAAGGUGGGGGUCUUGGGCUCCCUGGAAAUCCUGGAGCUCCGGGAUUAAGAGGUAAAGAUGGUGAAGCGGGAACUAAAGGAGAACGUGGUACUCCGGGUGAACUGGGACAAGGUGGACAGCCCGGGGAUCGAGGGAUUAGGGGCCCACUGGGCCUGCCGGGCCGACCAGGGGACCCAGGGGGCCGAGGAGAAGGAGGCAAGCACGGCCUACCGGGAACAGACGGCAAGAAGGGGGACAAAGGAGACAGCGGAAAGCCAGGACCUCCUGGAACAGCCCAUGUAACGUCGGACAACAACAUACUGACCCGGGUGAUUAAGGGUGAGCCUGGUGAUCAAGGGCCCACGGGAGAGACAGGAAUGCCUGGCCCUAGGGGUCCAGAGGGGAAGCCCGGCCCACCCGGCCCGUCCCAGGGUGGGACCGGCCACCAACUGGAAGCUGUUGCAGGCGUAGCAGGAGCCCAGGGUGAACAGGGGACGAGGGGAGAGACGGGGAUGAAAGGGGACAGAGGAGAUCAAGGCCGUGUUGGGAUUGCUGGUGUACCUGGUUUGCCUGGAACACCAGGGAAGGCUGGCAUUGACGGGAAGAGAGCCAUGGCAGGAAAAGACGGGGAAAAAGGAACCAAAGGAGAAACUGGCAACACGGGGGAGAAGGGACAGGCUGGGGCCAAUGGUAAAGACGGCAGUAAAGGGGAACUGGGUGCUCCAGGAUUACCCGGAACCAAAGUCCUGGUGACUCCAGAGGGUGCCACCGUUGAAGAGAUCCGCCAGGCCUUCCCGAUGCCGAUGGGUCCCCCCGGAGUGACUGGUGCACCGGGAAUGAAGGGCGAAACAGGGGUGCAAGGUUUGAAAGGAGACCGGGGUGAUGUGGGGCCCCCCGGCAAGGCCAUUCAGAUGAAGGACAUUGAAGCCAUGUUCGAAGCCUAUGGAAUCAGGCUGCCCCUGCUCAAGGCCCUGGUGGACCACCUGCUGCAGGACGGGGUGGAGGAGCUGCUGCACGUGCUCAGCUCCACCAAGAGGCUCCAGGAGGUCAAGGAGACGCACGGCUCCAACGCCAUCCCUGAAUACACAAACUCUCUGCAGUACGAGCUGAGCAGCCAGCCCCUGACGAAGGAGGGGUACCUGCCCGAUGUGGACGGACAGACGCCCCCGCCCGCCCCUGCUGCCGUGCUUAACGGAACCACGGUGGGCCAAAGUGCAUCAUGGGAGCUGUCGGGGGCGGACCGGGCCCCGGAGCCCAACGUCACCCAGAGCCGGCCCGACGGCCCCGGGCUGCAGGGCCGUCUGGAGGGCAACGUCAGCGCUGAUACCGCCCGGCUCCAGAUGAACCUGACCCUGGUCAACGCUCCCUCCAACGACAGUACAUCCAAGGAGAAGAUCUCCCGCCUGCCGGAGGUCGUCAUGGAGACGGUGGUUGUCACACAGGAGGAGGCUGAGAAGAAGGGUUCGGCAGAGAAGAAGAAGAACAAGGAACGCGGGAAGGGCAGAGGGAACAAAGGACGACAUAAGAGGCAGAGACAACGCCUGGCUAGUGAGCAAGGGGAGGAAGAGGAGGAGGAGGAGGAGUACUAUAAUGGUGAAGAGUACGCGUAUGAGUACGAGGUAAGCAAACCUAUCACAGAUGGCUUCCCCCUCUCUGAGGAAGAAAAGAUUGAGUGGACAACAGCAGAGCCUCUAUUUCAAAUGACGGGUUUUAAAGAAGAGGAGGAGGAUGUACCAACAAUCAAUCCUCUCAACACAACAGAAGUAGCAGAACAGAAAAAGCACCAAGCAGCCCCAGAUCCUCCGACCGCCUCGAGGAGGGGAAGUCUGGAGCGCAGGAGACGACAGACAGGAGACCGGGGGGCGGACAGAGCGGCCACAGGGAGUCCCCUGGACGAGGCGGAGUGGGACGUAGAAGAAGAAGAAGAAGAGAUUGAGGCGGCGGCGGUGGACACGGGCGUCCCCGACCCGGACUACGACCCCGCCGGGGGGAGCGGGGACUACGGGUGGGGCCCGGGGGGGGAGGAGGAGGAGGGCGUGGACGGAGAGAGGGAGGACGAUGAGCUGGAGGCGGACAGAGAGAGGGAGAGGCUGGAGAUGGAGAGGGAACGUCUGGAGCUGGAGAAGGAGAGGGCGAGGGAGGCCGAGGUGGGAGAGCGGGAGAGGGGGGAGACGGAGGAGGAGGUGGGGGAGAGGGACCUGGAGAGGGAGAGGGACCUGGAGAGGGAGAGGGAGGGGUGGGAGAGACAGAGGGCGGAGAUGGAGAGGGAGAGGGCGGGGCUGUACGACGAGGAGACAGGCGCGCCCCAGCCCGUUCCUCCGCACUAUUUCUUUUUGAAGGGAGCCCCCGGUGAGGACGGGAAGCUCGGAACAAAGGGAGAGAUCGGGGAGCCAGGACAAAAGGGUGAGCCCGGCGUCGGGUACAGAGGGCCAGCGGGCCAGGCUGGAUCUCCAGGACACAAGGUACCUCACCUGCAGAGGAAGGGCUCCUCGGGUGUUCCUGGUGGGAAGGGAGAGAAGGGCGACGGCAUCCCUGGGGAGCCGGGGGCCCGGGGAACGGCCGGCCUCUCCGGCAAAAGAGGGGAACGGGGCGUCCCAGGAAGCAAAGGUUCUCCCGGACACUUUGGUUCAAAGGGCUUCAAUGGCGGUAAAGGAGAAAAGGGCGACCGCGGACUAGCUGGCAUCAGAGGAGAGAGAGGGAGUCCUCUUCAGAUUGUUGGGCCGCGGGGAUACAAGGGGACCAAGGGAGAGUGGGGAACGAGAGGAAUGCCCGGGUUCGACGGAGACAAAGGAGAGAAGGGAGAAGACGGGCCACCGGGCGUCAAGGGGCUGAAGGGAGACGUCGGCGCCAAGGGGGGAGUCGGCCCGUUUGGGGCCCGGGGCCCUGUGGGCCAGAAGGGGGAUCCUGGGGAGCCCGGUAUCAAUGGGGAAAAGGGCCGUAACGGGGAUCACGGAGUGGACGGGACGAAGGGAGACAAGGGGGAGAUCGGCCUGCAGGGAAAGAGAGGAGACCAGGGAGAUGCAGGAGAACAAGGUCCAUCUGGAGAUACAGGCCAGAGGGGAGAGAAGGGUCUCCGUGGGAUACUGGGACGUAUGGGCAGUCCUGGGCUGACCGGGGGAAUGGGUGAAAUGGGAUCCCCCGGCAACCCGGGAAUGCCCGGACUUAACGGUAUCACAGGGCGCAAGGGGGAUAAGGGCGAUGGAGGCAUCGAUGGGAUUGAUGGCACUGCUGGACUGAAUGGCGUUAAGGGCGCCAACGGCUUCCCUGGCUUCCCAGGGUUCAAGGGAUCAUCUGGGACCCCAGGGAGAGAUGGAGAUCAGGGACUGCCUGGUGCUGCAGGAUCACGAGGAGACCGAGGGGCUAAGGGGGCGAGGGGCAGAAGGGGACGAGCCAAACCGUGUGAUCUAGGACCCCCUGGGAUACCUGGAGACAGAGGGGACAGUGGAGGGACGGGAGACGGGGGAGUCAAGGGAGAUAAGGGAGAGGCCGGUCUCUCUGCUGAGCAAUUGAAGGACCUCGUCACCAAAGAGGUGGUGGGGAAGUGUGGGAUGGACUUCCAGCUCAUCGUGCGGACCGGCGACCCGGACGCUGGGCCGGAGGCGACGCACGCUCUGGGCGCACCUGGCCCCCAGCAGGAAGGAGGGGCGGCAGGACAGGAACCCGGGGGGAGCCCCGCCCCCGCCAGAGACGACAUGGCCCCCCCAAUCCUCAACCGCACUGAUUCUGUUGGAGAAGGAGGUUUCGAGGGGGCACCUAGGACGAAGAGGAGGAUACUAGGACAAAGGUUUACUGGUGUGGGGGUGGAGCGCUGCCUGGAGCCCAUGCUGGAGGGCGGUUGCUCGGAGUACGUGCUGCUCUGGUACUUCCACCGGGGGGCGGGCGACUGCCGGCCCUUCGUGUACGGCGGCUGCGGCGGGAACCUGAACCGCUUCCCCACGCGGCGCGAGUGCCAGAAGUGGUGCGUGAAGGAGAGGAAAGGUACGGGCCAAUCAGGGCGCCUUUGAGAGGUACUGGCCAAUCAGGUCGCAUGUUAAAGGUACGGGCCAAUCAGGGCGCAUGUUCUUUGGUGGGAAAUGUUUUAUGUAUUCACCCAGUUGGCGUUGUUUUUAAAUGUGUUCCCAUCUUCCACACUACUUACAUAGUGAACACUAGUUUAUAUAGUACACUAUUUAGGGAUAAACUAAGGCAGGGAAUAGUGAUCUGCUGAAAAUCUAUCGGUGAUUAAUGGUCACGUAAACAAGACGUGACCAUUAAUGCGAUUUUUUACAGCUCAUUUGCAUAAAGAACCUGCAUGCUUAUUGUACGCUUAAGCAUGCAGCACUUCAAAAUGGUGACUCAAACAGUGCACUAUAUCAGGAACGUGCACACGAUUUGUGUUUGAAGGAUAGAUGGCGUUCCACUCAGAUUAGCUUGUCUUAUAUGUCUAGCUGAAUAUUAAAAUAUCUACUGAACUGUUCCCUCAGAUCCGGAACACUGGGGCUGAAGCCAAACAAGACACUUUUUUUUGCGCAUAAUGGUGUAGAUGUUUGAUGUUUGUUCUGAUGUUGUGCUCCUGUAUAUAAUAAGGAUAAUGCCACCAAUGUUUUUAUAUGGAUGAUGUUUACUGUAAAGCGUAACCACUGCAAAGUUUCAUGUUUUAUAUUGUAAUCUGUUUUCUAUUCACUGCGUUGGACUGCAACCCUACAAACUAAUAAAUUGUAACAGUUGUGAAAUCUAA